UGAACAUGGGUGCACAUCUAUCCCUGUGGUAUGAGUCUUUUAAUUCUUUGGGGAAGAUACCCAGCAGGGGGAUGGCUGGGUCAAAUGAGCUUGGUGAGUUCUUGAAUAGCAAGAAGGCCAUGGGGCCUGCAGCAAAGGAAGCGCGGCAAGGGAGGGUAGAGGCAAGGUCAGGAAGAAGAAAAAGCUAAGUGGAUCAUCCAGGCUCACAGAGCUGGCCCUCAGUGGGGCCGGCACGUGAAGAAGGGCCGGCUGGAGGAGGGUGAGCAGGACACAGGGGUGAGGAUGAGGACCUAAGGGAUCCCAGGAGCCUUCCGGAACACAGAGGGACAGGAGAAGCACUCAGCUGCCUCUCAAAGCCGAGGGACGGGCUGGCAGGGGUGAGAGCGCCCCCUGGUGGUCAGCAGAUUAGGCAUUGCCAUGCCCAUGGGGAAUCCCCAGCAGGUGCGGGAUGCUCGCGUGCUCUGGCCAGACAGGUGUGCCAGGUGUCCCAGGUGUGCCGGGUGUGCCUCUGUCACCAAGCCACCCUGGCCUCAUCCAGCCUGGUUCAAGUCCGGACUCCAUUGGCCCCGAGCUGCUUGAUCCUUAACCCAAGCCCCCCACCUUCUCAUCUGUCAGAUGGGGGCGCAGCCACAAGGCUGCAGCGAGGACUUCAGGACUCGCCUGGGCAGUGUGCAAAGGGUUGGGCACAGAGUGGACACUGUGUGAGUCUCCUGUACCAUCACCAUCGUCAUUGCUUUGUCACUCUUGUCUUCAGGUCACCACUGCUCUCAGACCAAGGGCCUCAGAGGAUGCAGUCCCCUCAGCAGUGGCUCCUGGUCACCAGGCUCCUAGCUGUGGCUCAUCAGCUGGCCCUGGCUGAUGGAGGAGACUCUGGCCUCCUGGACCCUGGCCCCCAGGACACCCCACCUGGGCCAGCCCUGCCGUGCCACAAGAUCGCCGUGAGUAACAUAGACUUCGCCUUCACCCUCUACAGACAGCUGGCUCGGGACUCCCCGCAAGAGAACAUUCUCCUCUCCCCAACCAGCAUCUCCAUGGCUGUGGCCUCGAUUUCCCUCCGGGCCCCAGCAGCCAGCAGGGAGAGGCUUCUGGAGCCCCUGGGCUUCAAUCUCACCGUGGUGGCCGAGGCCAAGAUCCAGGAUGGCUUCCGGGACCUCCUGCUCAGGCUGCCAGUGCAGGGCUCUCGGCUUCUCCUGAGCACCGGCCAGCACAGGUCCAGCAGCCUGGGCCCCGGGGCCACCCAGGACCUGGAGGAGGCCUGGAAACACGUGGACAAACACAUAGAUAAGCAGACCCAGGGCAAGCUUGGGACCUGGGGAAAGGACCUUGAGAACGAAACCACAGAAGUUCUGGUGAAUCAUGUGCUUCUCAGAGGUAAGGGCAUGUUGGGGGUCCUCUAACAUCAGCCCCUUCCAAGAAUCGGGCUCCCUCCCCACCCGAGCCUGCUCCCCGAAUCAAAUAGGAACCCUCUUUGGCCUAUCUCAAUUUAGAGAUAAAAGACAUGCAGUGCCUGUCCACUGACUCCUUGAUGCUUCUGCUUGAAUACCUCUAGUGAUGGGGAACCCAUCACUUACCAUAUUUUAAUGCUACUUGUGGACUUUGCUUUCAAAGGAGGAUUUUUCAACCUCUAGAGUGCAUAAGAACCCCCUGCAGAGCUUGUUUGAAAUGCAAGUAUCCCACACUGCCCCUAAGUGAUUCUGGUUCAGUGGAUGUAUAAAUCUGAGCCCCAGGGCCCUGCAUUUGAAGAAACUCGCCCCUGACACAUACACCCAGGUGAUUCUGCUUCAGAGCCUGUGAAUUCACUUUGAGUAGACCCCUAAGCAACCCCUGGAUUUAGGAACAUGAAUUCCCUUCCUCAGGCAGGCUCAGGAGGUGUGGUUAGAGAUUAGGGCAGGAAGAUGGGGGAAAGGUUCUUAUUUUUCCAAACAAGGUAAGAGGCCUUGUGUUUCCACCACUGUUCUUGCCAACAUAUAUUUACACUCACGAUCCCUUUUUACCCCCUCACCUGA